AUGGCGUCUCUUCUGAGCCUUCCACCAGAGCUUCUCUAUGCUAUCAUGAAAGAGCUAGCUCCUGACUGGAAAUAUGACGAAGUGGCCUGGUUUUUGGAAUUGCGAUUAACCAGCCACGGAUUCAAUGACCUAGUUAUCAGGCAGCUUCUUGCUGAUGUUCGAGCAGGCGAUGUCCGAUUGCUGAUAAAGCCUCAAUAUUACCCCCCGAUGGCUGCAGCAUCGGCCACAGCUGCCAAGCUUCUUUCCACUUUAGUCUAUGACUGGCAGCAUGAGCGUAGCUGCAGGAGCCCGCACGCCCUAGUUAACACUGUGUGUAAGGCAGUUGACAAGACGGUUGAUUUCUUCUGCGGCCCAGGUACCGGUGGCGGGCAGGGGAAUCGAGACGAACUGAAAAGGGUCUACACUAAUGCCAUGGUAGCCGUUCUCGUUGGUGUCAAACAACCAAGGGCCAUUGUCAACGCUCUUACUGGUGAAAUCGAUCGACACCAGCUGGAUGGGGAAGGAGAAUGGCGCGGUGCUGCGCUAAUGGCGGCUGCAUAUCUAGGUCGACUUGAAGAUAUGGAAGCACUGCUAAAGCCCGGGGACCUGGACAUCAAUGCGGAUUCUGAGGGUAAGUGGCUCUGUCCACCCCUUAUGGCUGCCGCGUUGGGUGGAAAAGUGGACGUUAUUCGAUUUCUUGCUGGACGAGGAGUCAAUAUGAAAACCCGAACGAAGGAGAAUGGAAAUACUGCAUUGCAUUAUGCCUCACUUGAAGGGAAGGUUGACGCAGUGAAAUUUCUUUUGGAUAAUGGGGCCGAUGCUGAGGUAAAGAAUGAAACGGAGACGCCACUUGCCUGGGCUUCCAACACAGGGUAUGCCAGUGUUGUUUCCCUGUUCCAGUCCACAAAGGAAGUGGAUGUCAGUCAUGGCGAUUGUGGGCGUAAUUGUCCACUAGUUCAUGCUGUCCGGAGGGGGCAUAUGAAUGUCGUCAGGGCAUUAUUCAAGACCAAGCAUGUUGACGGAAAAGUUGCUGCUGAUGAUGAGGAUAGUGAUGAGGACAGCGAUGAGGAUAGCGAUGAGGAUAGCGAUGAGGAUAGCGAUGAGGAUAGCGAUGAGGAUGGCGAUGAGGAUGGCGAUGAGGAUGGCGAUGAGGACAACUAUUAUGAGGAGAGUGAUGAUGAGGAGGACUACCUUGAUUGUGACCUUUAUCGUGGUUUUGCUCAUGUUCUCGACAGUCAUGAUGAACUUAUAGCGCUCUUAUAUGCCUCUGCGUAUAAUGGGAAAGAAGAAAUGUUCCAGCUUCUCUUUUCCCAUAUAUCGGUUGACAAGGAUGACAUGUGCGUGCCUCUCGAGGCAGCAAUCAAGGGCAAGAAGAUGGGAAUUGUGCGAACAAUCAUUGAUGCCUUUCCUGGCAUCCCGAAAGACUUCCAAGCCGCUCUGGGCCGGACAGUUCUGAUGGCCGCAGUGGAAGAUGGAAAUGAAGAGCUCGUCCGAUAUUUCUUGACCCUACGCAGGAUCACCGUUAACAAGCCCAGGUGGCAUGGUCGAACGCCAUUGCACCGUGCCAUUGCAUCCGGCGAUACUGGCAAAGUUUUGGCUCUCCUCGAACAUCCUGAUAUCAAUGUUAAUGCUCGCUCUAGUGCGAGUCGAGUCCGUGCUGGUACACCACUCCACUGGGCGAUUAAUAUGAAGCACCCGAAUCCAGACAUUCUGCGUGCAUUGCUAGACGACCCGCGGAUUAACGUUAACUCCCAGGACAGCAUGAAUAGCACACCUCUCGCGUACGCAGUGUGUCGGGGAAAUAUCGCAUUGGUAAAGACGCUUCUCGCGCGUUACGACGUGCAGCGAGACCCCGACGACAGUGAAGGAAAUACACCGUUACUUCUUGCCGCCUGGUUGGGGAACCUCCCCCUUCUGGAAAUAUUUUUGGAUAUCCCAUGGAUCACCAGAUGGCACAAAAAUAACAAUGGAAAGACGACGCUGGCCCUGGCAGCCCAGGAGGGCCAUGUUGAGGUCGUGAAAAGACUGCUAGAUCCAAGACUUGGUCCAGCAUACUAUGUUUUCGAUGGUGCUAUAACAGCUGUAAACUGCUGGGGUCCGGAACGCUGGUAUUUUGACGGAGAUGGUUGGGUUCGCAGGGAGGACUCUGCACUCGAAGCGGCAUCAUGCCGUAGAGAGGAGAGCUUGAAAUUGAUACUCCGCGCUUAUAGGGAGUUGGGCUUGUAUUAG